AUGAGGGUAUUUUCAUCAAGUAUUUCAGCCGCACCGCACCAUACAGCUGCUCCCGUCCAAACAUUUCCCCAAAUCCCCUCGAACCCUAGCCGCCAUGUCCCCCCUCGAACCCUAGCCACCCCUGCCUUCCCCUCGAGCGCGAGCAACGGCCGAUCCAGACACCGGCGGCGCAACGCGAGCAGCGGCCCAAUCGAUCCAGCCACUGGCGGCGCGUCCCCUCGAGCGCAAGCAGCGGCCGAUCCAGCCACCGGCGGUGCGUCCCCUCGAGCUCGAGUAGCGGCCGAUCCAGCCAUCGGCGACGUAACGCGAGCAGUGGGCCAUCGAUCCAACCACCGGCGGCGCGACGCGAGCAACAGCCCGAUCGAUCCAGCCACCGGCGACGCGACGCGAGCAACGGCCCAAUCGAUCCAGCCAUCGGCAGGGCGGCGCGAGCAACGGCUCGGUCAAUCCAGCCGCUUGCGUGGUGGGGCGAGCAACGGAUGGUCCAACCACCGAGGGGCGGCGCAAGCAGAUCUUCCUGCUGUCCACGAGCCUGCUUGCUUGGUUUUCGCCCUGAUCAUCCAUCCAUCCAUAGUUUCUAUCCAUACGCACCUCGUCCACUGACUGGAUGUCGUCGGCUGGGACGGUGGUGUUCUUCC